GAUCGCUCAUAAGUCGAUUUGCAGCUUCCUAAGUUCCACUAUGACACAUAACGUAACUAUAAACUCUAUAUUGCACAACAAGUAAAUCAACAAGCAUUUAGAACAUACUAAUCACGAGGAAUUACGGCUCAUACUAAUCACCAUGUCACAAAAAUAUUUUUCGAUUACCUUAUGCUAGUUUUAGCCGUAUUAAGACAUACCUUACUUCCUAGUGAGCUCCAGAUAGAAGAUAGAAACUUGAUUGGUGUAAAAUUCUUGAUAUGUCUCUAGCAACUUGGCAUACACGAUUCCCAUCAAGUCAUUUUCAAUGAAUGGACCAUGGACGUCUUCAUUACCAUGAAUCAUCCGCUUUCUUUAUCAGUCCCUUCUUCUACUUCAUAGACAUCUUUCGGUUCAGUUUGGGUAAAAGCUAAAGAGUCAUAGUCUUGUUCCACUCUUCUUUCUUUUUCUAGCCCCAUUUCUACUCUGCCUGACUUUUCUUACUAAACUUUGUUACACCGGCACUUACGUUUUUAGUCGUCAUACAAAAAAACAAAAAAAGAAUAAUGUUAAUAAGAACUGAUAUUUUAAUAGCAACCAUUCAAAAUAAAAUAUUUUAAAUAAUAUAAUAUCCGGACUGUCUACCAGUCCAUUCGAAGACUAAGUCAUCCUUACUACACACCUAAUUACAAGGAAAUUUCCCAUUGGAAGUAGUUUUUCAGAUAGAGAAUACAUAUAAAGAAACCAAGACUUAGACAAAAACCAUGUUCCUAUUCAUCUUCAUCUUCUUCUUCUUCUUCUUCUUCUUCUUCUUCAGCCUCUUACUCAUCUUCAAGAAAAAAAAAGCAGAGGAGAGUACCAUGAUAAAUGUUUAUCAGUCUCUGACAAAAUCUUGGUCCUAUGCAACCAUAUGGAUGAUCUUUGUCAUCCCCUCUUUUUCGUUUUCAGUUGAUGAUCAUCAUAAAAAAUGCGCUCAGUGGUUUGAUUGCGCCAAUCUGGUAGAACUCAAUUAUCCCUUUUGGAAACCUGAUAGAAAAGAGUGCGGCCACCCGGAUUUUAAGGUUAACUGCAGUGGAGAUUUUGCAGAGAUAAGUAUAUCCACAGUUAAGUUUCAAAUCCUUUCUGCCAAGUUUAACAUCCUUAGACUUGCCAUAAAGGAUUAUCACAACAAUCUUUGUCCCCAAUACCCUGAGAAUGUAACAAUCAACCAAGAUGUCCUUCACUUUUCUGCCGACGCCAUGAUGUCAAUACUUUACUACAACUGCUCUGAUCAAAGUGUAGAUGUUCCUCUCGGUUUUCACAUUACAAAGCUAGACUGUGAAGAUACUAGUGGUGGCCAAAGUUACUUUGUCUCGUCCGCUUUACGUUCCUGGGAUAGCGCUAUCUUAGAAAAGUCAAGCGCAUCGUGUGAAAGAAAUGUCACUAUUCCUGUCUCUCGAUCUGCCUUGAGGAUUCAAGAUGGAAAUCCGACUCUGGAGGCUAUAAAGAUGGCUCUUAACGAGGGUUUCGAGGUUACAUUUAAAAGUGAAUGUGGGGAAUGCGCAAAAUCGCAGGGUUCUUGUGGUUCUAAUGAUAGCUCGAGAGCAUUCGUUUGCUAUUGUGAGAACGGGCCUCACGAGCAUACUUGCGAUAAUGAGAUACCAAAGACGAGUCCCUACAAAACUGCAGAAGUCACCAAAUCAAAUAAAACAGGACUCACCACAAAACAGAAACUAGGAAUCGGAUUCGCUGGCGGAUUCUUGGGUGCCACUCUUUUAGCAGGAGCUGUACUCUGUGUCAUGUCGAGAAGAAAGAAACUGGCAGCUCAAAACAUAAGCAAAGGCCUUUCAACAACAUCUCCUUAUUCAAGCAGUAAUACAAUGUCCAAAACUACAACUUCCACAACAAUCUCCGGAAGCAACCAUUCUCUCAUGCCAUCAAUCUCCAACCUUGCAAACGGAAGCGUAUACUUCGGAGUUCAAGUGUUCAGCUACGAAGAACUCGAGGAAGCCACUGCGAAUUUCUCUAGAGAGCUUGGAGAUGGAGGAUUCGGUACUGUCUACUAUGGCAUACUAAAGGAUGGACGAGCAGUAGCUGUAAAACGACUGUUCGAGAGAUCACUAAGACGAGUAGAGCAAUUCAAGAACGAGAUCGAUAUCUUGAGGCACUUGAAACACCCAAACCUAGUGAUUCUAUACGGAUGCACGACAAGACAUAGCAGAGAGCUACUCUUAGUGUACGAAUACAUCUCUAAUGGCACACUCGCUGAUCAUUUACAUGGAGACCAAGCACAGUCUCGUCCUAUUUGCUGGCCUGCAAGACUCAACAUCGCCAUUCAAACCGCUAGUGCAUUGUCUUUUCUCCAUGCCUCAGGAAUCAUACACAGAGAUGUGAAGACUACAAACAUUCUUCUAGAUAGCAACUACCAAGUGAAAGUAGCUGACUUUGGUCUCUCACGCUUGUUCUCGACCGAUCAAACUCACAUCUCCACCGCGCCGCAAGGAACUCCCGGAUACGUUGAUCCCGAGUACUACCAAUGUUACCGUCUCAACGAGAAGAGCGACGUCUACAGCUUCGGAGUCGUCCUCUCGGAGCUGAUCUCGUCCAAAGAAGCAGUCGACAUCACUCGGCACCGCCACGACAUCAACCUCGCGAACAUGGCCGUCACCAAGAUCCAAAACGACGCCGUCCACGAGCUCGCCGACCUGACCCUCGGGUUCGCGAGGGAUCCGGCGGUGAAGAGGAUGAUGAUGUCGGUUGCUGAGCUGGCGUUCCGGUGUUUGCAGCAGGAGAGGGAAGUGAGGCCGUCGAUGGAUGAGAUCGUCGAGGUUUUGAGAGGGAUUCAGAAGGAAGGGAUGCGAGAUUUUCCGGAGGUGGUGGAGAUUGAUGUGAGCGGAGGAGACGAAGUUGUGUUGCUAAGACACGGUGUUCCUCCGCCGUUAUCGCCGGUGACUGAGAAAGAGACGAGUAGUUCGAAUACGACAGCGAGUUCGUUUUGAGUGUGUGUAGUAGGAGAGACUCUUGACGUCAACGAGGGUUUGGUGUAAGUAUAUAUACAUAAACCGCUGUGAAUUUCACCUUUUCACUUUUAUUUUACCUGACGUCAGACUUUUUGACUCUUUUGUUUUUCUACUCUUGUGGUAUUUUCACGAAAAGACUAAUACUAGCUAUUGGUACGAUAUAUUCACUGUUUCAAAAUGUAAAAUCUUUUAGAUCAAAAUAUAAAUAAUUUUCGACAUCAA